CUGGUCACCUGCUUCUAGGCAGUGCUUACCCCAUCCUCCGAUUUCAAGCCCAUUGUUACACCUUUGUCCCUGACAAAAAGUCCCCCGUGUGUUUAAGAGUCACUGUGGAGAUCUCACUGGUGGACCCGAUGUCCUGGCCUACUGGCUGGGCUGUGAGUUUUGGAAAGGGUUAAAGUUGACAUUGGGAGUGUCUAGUUUAGCUAAUCUGAUAUAAUGAUUUCUUUUUCAAGAAAUUUAUUAUGAACUUUUUCGAGCACAUACAAGUAGAGGACUGUGGUGAGCCCUCAUGCCCUCGUCAUAGCCGGUCCUUCCUUUGUCUGUGUCUUGCCGCCCCCCGCCCCCCCCCACCUCUCUCAGCCCCAGUUAUGUUGAAGCGCAUCUGUCCGUGAUGUCAUAAACUUUACCUGUAAACAACCUGUAAGUACUUCACUGGGUAUCUGGAGAAGAUAAAGACCUUUAAAACAUAACUACGAUGUCACUGUCACAAGGAGAUGACCACUAAUGCCUUAGUAUUAUCAGACUCUUUGUAUAGCGAUGUCCUGCCUGCCCCUCUAGCGGCCCUGACCAGUGACUCACGGAUGGUCCUGACGUGGACUGUGCAUUGCAAGAGGCACUGGCUGAGCCUUUCUCUUAGGGCAGUGGCGCUGACAGGUGCUGUGAGCCAGCAGCAGCUCGGCUGGGCCGCAGACACCUGGUGGUUUGAAAACCGGAGUGGCCUGGACUGCACUUAGCAGCCACGAACACCCGUGGGGAUGACCUCUCAUUCUGGAGCUGCGGCAGGACAGGCCUUGUGGGAAUGUGGGAGCGUGUGGCCGUGGGCUUUCGCGUGUGGAGAUUUAGGACAGUAAUGGGGACAGUAGGAAGCCACUUGCAGCUGGGACUGUCUGCCUGUCACAGCUCCGAAGCUGACUGUGGAAACAGUGUCUGGCAUCCCUGCCUCGAAGCUGGUUGAAGCUCAUGGAUCCUUUGCCUCUGCCACGUGCACUGUCUGCCGAAGGCCCUCUCCAGGGAAGGACAUUUGGGCUGACGUGUCCAUGGACCGGAUUCCCCGCUGCCCGGUCUGCACUGGCAUCAUGAAACCUGACAUCGUGUUCUUUGGGGAGGCACUUCCCCAGAGGUUCCUGCUGCAUGUGGUUGAUUUCCCUAUGGCAGAUCUGCUGCUCAUCCUUGGGACCUCCUUGGAGGUAGAACCUUUUGCCAGCUUGUCUGAGGCCGUGCGGAGCUCGGUGCCCCGACUGCUCAUCAACAGGGACUUGGUGGGGCCCUUUGCCUGGCGUCCUCGAGGCACAGAUGUGGUCCAGCUGGGGGAUGUGGUUCAAGGUGUGGAAAGGCUGGUGGAGCUUCUGGGCUGGACGGAAGAGUUGCAGGAGCUUGUCCAGCAGGAGACGGACAAGCUCCAUGGACAGGACAGAUAGAGUGAUGGCGGGUCCCCCUCCUCUUCUGGGACUGGAAAUGGUUCCAAGGAGUCCCUGCCCACCUCUGAGCAAAGAGUCUUGGCUGAACCAGAACCUGUGGCCUAAGGAAGAGGGUGAGGCCUCCCGGGUCCUGAGCUCCGUGCCAGUGGGUCAUGUCAUGCUCCGGCUGUGGGCCACCCCAGUUGCGGGCGCCAAGCUGCCCGGUGCUUUUCUGUGGUUUGACUCUUCAGUCUGCUGAAGCUCUUGAUGCUGAAAAAAAGCUUUCUCCUGAUAGUGACCCUCUGGAACCCCAACGGAACAACAGGACACCCAGACAGGAUCUGCUCUGUGUCUGGGUCUCCGUCAGAAGGGCGGGCUCAGCAUCUCUGCCCCUUAGACUGUCUGGGGCAGAGGGGCCACAGCCACUCCCAAGGCAUGGUCCUGGGUCCCACGUAAUAGAAUCGAGUCCUGUAGCACGCUGGCCUCCUUAGUAGUGUUAUUGUUAGUUGGAGAAACUUUGUGCAUAUCUGGCAUGAAAUAAACUCUUUGGUUUCCUCAAA